UGGAAAAUGGACAUUUAUCCUACCAUAAUGUUGUUGUAAACUUAGCGAAUGCGGUAGCACGGGACUUAUGAUUAAUUAUAAUAUAAGUAUUACUCGAUUGUUGCCACGUUUCUGACAUUGACAUGUCUUUUUUUUUUUUAUCCUAUGCUAACAGGCGCUAGCAUAGUUUAGAAUGCGCUCAUGUCAUUAGCUCGAGGAAAUGGAUUUAGUGAAAUUAAAUCUAAUUCCACGUCCAACUCAAACGUAAAACACAUUUAUAUAUUUGAUUUAAAGGAGAUGUUAGAGCCAAUGAGGAAGAAAGUGAGGAAAUACAAGGAGACAUUAGGCCCGAGGAAGAGAUGAGUCAAGAAAAAGAUGGAGAGAUAACAGAGAAAGGAGCAUAAUGUUACAAUGCAGGCUGUGUUCUCUCUCUUCCAAAAGUAUUGUAACAGCAAGACCAGAUCUUUGUUUUGAACGCUUAAGGUAAUAUCUGACAAUAGAUCAGACAGAAUUAUUGAUUUCAGAUUUCAUUUCCUGAUGCUGCUGAUACAGUUAAUUUAAGCAACAUUCAUGAGAUCAAAUAUAAAGUGUCAUUUACUUUAAUCACCUUAAAGACAUUCUGUUUUUACACUUUUGUUCAGCUCCAAAUCAUCUGUUCUACCACCAUUUUUUUGUAACCCAUCUAGAUGUAAAGAUCAGGAAAUGAAAGAUGAUCUAAUACCUCUUUAAUACUUCAAGAGUACACUAAAUAGUUGGACAAAAGACAAAUUCAUGAUGCUCUCUUUCCUGUUUAUGAUACUGUAGAUAUGAAUUUUAAGUAGUAAAGAUUUGAACCUCUUUUUCUCUCUGGAUGUGUUUUAGGAGUGUUCCAUUGCAAAGAGCAUUCAAACUAUGACCAAAUCGAAGGAGGAGACUUUAGUGCUCUCACAAGCACAGCUGUUAUUGUGAAGUGUGUGUGUCUGUCUGAAUGUGUGUAGUAGUAAAUAACUUUGUUAAAAGUCCAGGUCUCUCUGAGUGAAGCUGAGACGAAGUACAGUGAGGUGAUGAAGACCAAUACUAAGCUGGAGAAUGAGAACAGUACCCUGCAGUUCACUGUGGUCAGACUGCGACUAGGUGCAUAACUUAAAGAAGGAGCUCUCUGAGACCAAGAGAACGUGUAAUGCGGCACUGAGAGAGUGUGAGCAAGAGCGGGAGGCUUACAGCAGUCUCAGUGUGAUCAGAUGAAGGAAACUCUAUCUGACCUAGAGAAAUCUCAUACGGUCUCUCUGGCGAAAGCUGUGGAGAAAUACAACCAGGCGAUGGAGUCCAACGUUCAGCUGGAGAACGAGAAGUCGGACCUGAUGUACCAGGUGCACAAACUGGAAGGCACAGUGCAGCAGCUGGAGGAGAAGCUCUCUGAUUCAGCCAUGAUGUGUGAGGCCAUAAAGCAGGAGUAUGAGCAAGAGCGGCAGGCUUACAGCAUCCUGAAGUCACAGUACAAUCAAAUGAAGGAAACUCUACAACAUAACGAUGUGCAUCUUUGGCUGAAGCUGAGGAGAAACACGAGCCGGCGAUGGAGUCCAGUGCACAGCUGGAUGACGAAAAGUCUGAGCUGAUGUCCCAGGUGAACUCACUACGAUGUUUAGUGCAGCAGCUGGAGGAAGAGCUUUCUGAGCCAUGCAGGAAUUGUGAAGAGAUAACAGAGAAGAGAGAUAAAGAGCUUGAGGCUCCUAAGACCAUAGAGAUGCAGAACGAGAUGAAUGGACUCUAAUCUAUGAUGAGUUACUAAAAACUAUUGCAUAGGACCAUCCUGUGAUCUUAUUAACACCGGAGAAACCUCCAGGGUCAGUGUUUAACACCUGGGUAUGUAAAGUCAUAUGAUGACCGUGUUCUGGUUCUUACUAGAACCCAACACUUAUGUCACAAUGGUCUGGAACCUGCUUAUCAAAUCCCAACUAGUGUUCUCUUACUCUUCACUGCUGGGCCCUGAGAGGUUUAUCCGAUGUGAGUGGAGCAGAGAAUUGGUGCCAUUAAGGGCCCAACCCAUGGGACAGAUCAUAGAAGCUUGGGUUACGGUUGGGGCCCUGAGAGCUCAGUUCUAAGCACCAGUAGGGUAACAUUCAAACAGCCAUUGGCUCAAGUUUCAUAGCAAUCUAAGUUAUUACACAAUUCCAAAUUGACUGUAUAUGAUUGUAGAAAGAACAUUAUUCAUAAUCACACUCUUCACUGUUUAUGGUAAUUCAGAUUCUCCAGUGUUUAUAAUAAUUUAUAAUCACACUCUCUGGUGUUGGCCAAAUAAGGAUGGGUUUCCUUUUGAGUCUGGUUCUUCUCCAUCAUACCAGCUAAUGUAGUUUACAGUAAGUAUUAUGUCACUGUUGUCAUAUGACUUUGCGUUAAAGGUUUCAGCACACAAGAGAUUACACGGGUGUUAUUCACUGUCCCUGGUGGUUAGUAGCGUGAAACAGAACGACUGUUAACAUGGAGGUCCUCAAGAUGAAGUGGAUUAAAUAAACAUUCCUGCAAAAAAAGUGUCUCAUUUGAUUUGUACAGUUUAAAUCAACUUGUAUGUGAAUUUAUGAAGUUUAUUGAAUUUAUUGCAUUCAUUUUAAUCAAAUAGAUCAUUCAGAGGGAAGUAAAAUAACACAAUUUUGUUAUUUAAACAGGGUUUGUUAUUACAAUAGAUGAUAAUGUCUAGUAUAGAAUUAUUUACAAAACUGGUUUGUAAGUGAAUUGUGUCACAAUAUAUAGUGCCUUGUAAAAGUAUUCAGACCCCUGAGCAAUUAUCUCAUAUUACUGAAUUAAAAA